AUGAUGUUUUUCUGGUAUGAGCGAUCACGGGUGAAACCACCAAUGCUCGAAUUCGAGAUGUUCAAUAAUCGAAGCGUUAUCUCUGGCUUCUUUUCCGCCCUGGUCGACGGUGUGGUGCUAUGGACGACUCCAUACUUCAUGAUCCUCUAUUUUCUCAUAGUUCGCUCUCACCCUCUGCUUCUGGCCUCUGUCCAGACUCUUCCAGGCAUCGGGUCGGUCCCGUCGUCUGCAGCCAUCGCUGGUAUCUUCAUGCUGACCAUCCAUCGAUUUAAGUAUCUCACACUUCUCUCAUGGGUCUUGAUUACUAAUAAUGCUACCCAAGUCAUCAUCGCUGUAGGCGGUGGUAUUCUCUUCCCCGGACGGAUAUACGCGGUACAAGCCCAACAGCGCUCGCUCAGCGGUAUCAGCAUUGUCAACGGUAUGGCUGCUUUCUUCGCCUCUCUAGGUCAGGUCUGUGGAGUGAGUGUCGGGUAUGCCGGCGGGACCGUUUUUCAAAACCGAUGGAAGACGUUAACCCAGAGGUAUAUGGAUGCCGGUCGUAUUCACUCGCGGUUCUUCAUCCCUGCCAAAGACGCUGAAGGGACGGCUGAUACGAUCAAGACACUUCAAGUUGCGGCGCGAGCGGCGUAUCAGGGUGUCAUGGCUGGUAGCAUCAAGACUGUUUGGACCUUUCUCACGGUCAUCCCGGCGGCUGCUUUUGCUGCGAGCCUUAUGAGAGAUUUGAAGUUGGAUCAAAAUAUGUUACAAGACGGGAAAGAUAAUGCGGAGAGAGUUGCUUUAGCAUGA